AGCUGGUGACCAGCGGAGAAGAUACAGAAGCUAAAAUCACUAUGUGGAGCUGUGAGACCUUAAACAACAGUACGGAGAACAGCGAGGACCAGCAUCUCUGCCAUGACUUCCACCUCGUGCUUUCCAUCUUUUCCCUACUCUACCUCAUUAUAUGUUUCCCAAUUGGUCUGUGUUACAAUGGCUUGCUGGUCCUAGUUAAUCUCUAUAACAAAGCUACUAUGACUAUGCCAGACGUUUACUUUGUCAACAUUGCCAUUGCCGGUCUCAUCAUCAACGCGCUGGCCCCAAUGUACCUUCUAGGUCUUGCCAAUACAAAGUGGGCCAUCUGGAAUUCUAAUAACGAAGUUUAUAUUACCUUACUUAUUUUAUUCAAUGUCUCGUCUUUAGUUACCAUGUAUUCUACAACGUUACUCAGUCUGGACUACUACAUCGAACGUGCUCUACCUAGAACUUACAUGUCAAGCGUGUACAACACCAAACAUGUGUGUGGAUUCAUAUGGGGUGGUGCCAUGCUCACAAGUUUUUCAUCUCUCCUGUUCUACGUCUGCAAUCACGUAUCCACUAAAAUCAUUGAAUGUUCCAAGAUGCAGAACAAAGAAGCGGCAGAUGCGAUUAUGGUUUUUAUCGGGUAUGUUGUACCAGCCGUCGCUGUACUCUAUGCACUUAUAUUGAUCUUGCGAAUACGCAAAGAGGCUACGCCACUGGAUCAAGACACUGGACGAUUGGAUCCAUCGGUGCACAGGCUUUUGAUCGCCACAGUCUGUACACAGUUCACACUAUGGACACCCUACUAUGUUAUUCUCUUGGUAAGCACAUUUACUAAUGCACAAGGAAGAAUCGCAAAUGAAAGUUACGGUCGUAUAUUACAUUUUACCAAGAUUUUAUCAAAAUUCUUGGCUUUCUCAAGCAGCUUUGUAAUGCCUCUGCUCUACAGAUACAUCAACAAAAACUUUCCCAACAAAUUACGACGUCUGCUUAAAAAGAUACACUGUGGGAAUCAAGGGUGUUCUCAUGAACGCACAGUAGUACAGCAAGUAAUGACGUAG